GCGGGCAUUACGCUAAUCAGUGCAAGAAUCGACGCAAUUUUGAUAGUAGGCCGUCGACUUCGUACGACGCCGAGCGUGGUAGAUCGAUGUCGCCGACGGGGGUAAAAACGGAGAAGCCACGCGCCUCAUCACAGGAGCCGCCUUUGCAAAAGCAGAUCGAGGAACUCGGAAAAAGUUUGGCAUCGGUUACCGAGUUCGUGCAGAACGAGAUGGCAAGAAAGGCCGAAGCUGAAAGAGCUAAAAAAGAGGCGGAAGUAGUAGCGCAACGUGAAGCAGCUGAGAAGGCCGCGAGAGAAAAGAAGGAACGCAAGAGAUUGGAGAAGUUAAGACAAGAGGAGCUGCGAGUGGCGGAGAUUGACAAACGGGUGGAACUGCAAGUCGCUAUCCGAGCUGGGGAGUUCUUUGAUAAGAUGGAAGUUAACUAUGGGAAAGGCGUUGCGCUUGGGAAACAAGCCCGAGGGAAGAAGCAGAUCGUUUACCUAUCUGAUCAUGGAUCGAGCUCAGGUAAUGGGAGCAAUGCGAUUGAAACCGAGGAAAUCCGAAAGAAGACAAAGAAGUUGGCGAUCAGUGAGAAGAGGAAACGUGGUGCUGAACUACCAGUCGAAGGAAGCCCGCCGAUGAUGACCCCGGCGAAGCGAACUCCGAAAGUUAUGAAGGAUAAAACUACUGGUGGCUCUGCGAGGGUUACACGAUCAAAAGCGAAGGUGAAGACUAAGCUGUCACCAUACUUGGCACGGAUUAAAAGUCCGGCACCACCAAGUACUUUUGUGAAGCUGCGAUUCAAGAACCAGGCUAUGCAGGAACUUCGGGGGUUGGAUGCCCAGGAAUUGCAAGGUAUCUGCAAGAACGAAGGAAUCGUAUACAACGGGAAGGUGGACGCAAUCUUCGACAUUGCAAGCCACCGUACGCGCAAGGCUUUCGACAAGGAGGAAGACCCGAUUGAAUCGGGAGAGAAUUCGGAGCAGGGUGAGGAAGAUCCGACAACUGCCGAGGAAGUCGCUGAUGCAUGAAGUGCCAAAGAUCUAUGGGAGAGUCAGAUGGUUGACAAGUUACCGGUGCAGCUUGACGC